AUGGUGUAUCAUCCUGACAAAAAUCAAGGUGAUGAAGUAUCAGCUGAAAAAUUCAGAGAUAUCACAGAGGCAUAUGAAGUGUUAGGGAAUGUAAAAACUAGGAAAUUAUAUGAUAAGGGUCUCUAUUUUAGAACUGGUGCUACUACUACUACUGAUACAGAUAUAGUGGACAGAUUCCAUAAAUCACGGGAAACACGAUCUAGACCUCCACCUCCAACUGGUAGGACACCUAUUUAUGACUUUGAUGAAUGGUCAAAACACCAUUAUGGUUCCACCUUUCAACAGCAGAUGAUUAAUAGAAGGAGAGCACAGACAUACAAAAUGUCAAGACAGCAGGAACAAAAUGAUAUGAAAAUGGAAAAAAUGUUGUUCGUAUUUGUAGCAAUAUUAUUUAUAUGUACAGUUUACAAUAGCUCUGGAAAUAAUCGGUCUCCCCAGUUUACAAAACGACCAAAUGGAAAACUAACAGCAAGUGAUGAGAACCGCCUGAAUGAAGAAGUGGAAUUACUGAAGCCAAAAGCCUGCAGACAUAUCAUACUCAUCCGGCAUGGACAAUAUAAUUUGAAUGGAUCAACAGAUGAAGAAAGGGUUUUAACAAAGUUAGGAAGAACUCAAGCUGAAUAUACUGGGAAGAGAUUGAAAGAAUUGGAUCUACCUUAUACUAACAUGGUCAAAUCAACCAUGUCAAGAGCACAAGAAACUGGUUCAAUUAUAUCAGAUUUUCUGCCAAAUGUUCCUGUAACAAAUUGUGAUUUCUUGAGAGAAGGUGCUCCAAUUCCUCCAGAACCUCCAUUAGGUGGAUGGAGACCAGAGAAACAUGUAAGCUACCAUGAGAGUGCACUAAUAAUAUCAUAG